CCCCCUCUCCAUGGAGAGACCACUGGAAGCCCCUCCCACUCCAUCCUGGCCCCGCCCAGAGGGCCACCAGGGAAUCAUUUAAACGCUCCGUUCACUACAAAACUUUUCGAGCUCGGAAGCUCAAUCUUUUUUUUUUUCUCUUCCCGACCGGAAUAUUUAUUUUCCUUUUUUUUUAUGUAUUUUAUUUUAUUUUCAGAAUGUGUAAAAUCACUGUACAUGUAAAUGACCUGCUAGUCUCUCCAACUCCUCUUCUUUGGUUUUGUGCUCUUGCUGCUGUUUGUCAGCAUCCAUCUACCUCACUGUUUAGUUGUCAGAAACGGAUGUCUACACUCACAUAAACACACACACAAACACAUACUCCCGGACGCAGUAACCCGGUCUGGCCAGCAGGGGGCAGCAUUGCGGACGGGAGCCGCCUGCAGGCUUUAGCAGGGUGGAAGGUUACCAUUGGGUUUUCGGUCGCAAGGGGGCGGCCGUGCUGAAGUGCCCGCGGUCCAGCAAGGGUCAGUUGCUCCUACCGACCUGUCCAGAGUCCAUGAGAGGGUAUGGAGGGAAGUACGGUACAGCAGAUGUUUUAAAGGAUUAUGAGAUACGGGAAGGAGAGCUCCAAUUUCCCUGGGAAAACAAAAAAGACGCAUUUCUUUGUUUUUUGUUUUUGCAAUUUAGGAAAUCUUUAAAGGAAAAUGAAUUAAGUUUUCUGCCUUUUUGUUUAAAAAAAAUCCUGAUUAGAAAAAUGAAAAAAAUCCCUGUUCUGUACAGAUGUUUUUACGUUUUUUUAUAUAAAUAUAUAUGAUGAAAGCAUAAAUAUAUCUUCUGUGGUUGAAAAGGAUCAGUUUGAGGAUGCAGAGUUUGGUGUGUGUGUGUGUGUGUGUGUGUGUGUGUGUGUGUGUGUGUGUGUGUGUGUGUGUGUGUGUGUCCCCAUCAUACUCUUAAUGGCAGCCUGUUUAAGACGUGGACCAGUACAAAAUGUGUUUUCUCGGACUGUCUACCAUCUGACAACAUGUGUGCGUCACAGCCAAUUCGAUCCUGGCGGGAUGGUGUUUUGUUUUUUAACAAUCGGUUGGACUGAUUGGCUGUACAGAUGUUCAAAUUAGUUGGCUGUCGACCAGACAACUCAGCUGGCCAUGUCUGAUUGGUUGCUGUGAAACGCACACAUAUACACACACACACAUGGGUGUGUGUUGGCCGUGUUCAGGUCGAGUCAGUUCGGACCUGUUAUCAACUUGAAUUGUUGAAUUGAACUGAUUGUUAUUGGGUUUAUGUUUUGUUAUUAAUGACAGUAAUUUUGUAUGCGCAACCUGUGACUAAGCAGUAAAAGAAUAAUAUAUAUUUUUUGUUUUUCCGUUUUGUACGUUUCUUUUGAAAUAAGGUUGUAUUGUCUACGGGCUGCUGUGAGUUCUGGGAAUUAUGGAGCAGCUGUUGGUUUAUUGCUGUCUUUUUUUCUAAGAGUUUACCACAUGACUUAAGGUGAAUAAAAAACGUAUGCAAAACUGUUUGAAUUAUUUGUGUUCUUUAGAAAAACUGUUCUCAUUAGUACCAAACAUCCUCCCCAUGUCCAGAUGUCUUUAGAUAUACAACUGUAAAACAAAUGUAUACUACGGAUUUAUGACGGAUUUAAGCCUAGAAUAAGCUAAGCUUUUCGACCCGCACGUUAUUUUAUUUUUCUAUAGGCCUACUCAACUAUGGCUUCAGAAACGGUAGGACUACAAAACGGCAGUUCAAAAAACUACAAACCCCAGCGUUCUGUGGAGUCAGCGUGGAUGAUGUCAGAGCGUUUACCUCCGCGGCUCGACGCCGAUGCUAGGCUGCUAGGCUAGCAGCUCGUCGCCAGGUCAGAUAUAAUGUAGGGUUUAUGUGUCACAACAAGGGGUUAAACAGAAGGGUGAUGUGCUGUCGAAGCUCCCAGUCGUUCAGCGUGUUUGCUGUAAAAUGUUGCUGUUGUGAAACGAAACUGCUGGAGCUGAGAUAAUUCCUCAUCAUGCUAUAGACUGAGAGGUUCUUCCCAGCAUCUUCUUUCCCGGGACCAGCCAUGGCGACUGAGCUCCACGAAGCCAUCUGCAUGGCCAAGCAAGAGCGCCACAAGAACCUGUUCCUCAACUACCGCAACCUCAACAAGUUCCCCGCGGAGCUGCUGAAAGAUGAGGGGCUGCAGUUCCUGGAGAGACUGUACAUGAAGAGGAACUCUCUCACUACACUGCCUGAAAACCUCGCCCAGAAGCUUCCAAAUCUGAUUGAGCUGUACCUCCACUCUAACAACAUCGUGAUGGUUCCGGAAGAUAUAGGAGAGCUGUCCAGGCUGAGGUCUCUGGAUCUGAGUGACAACGCCCUCCUGUUCCUCUGUCCAGAGAUUGGUCGACUCCGCUCCCUCCGGCAUCUCCGAUUGGCCAAUAACCAGCUAGAAGCCCUCCCCUCAGAGGUGGGGGAACUCCAGGAGCUGGAGUCGUUGGACGUGUCCCGGAACCGUCUGACCUGUCUACCCGCGCGGCUCCAUCGUUGUCGCUCCCUCCAGUACCUGACGGCAGACAGGAACCAGCUGAGACACCUGCCCCGACACCUGUGUCUCCUCACCAGCCUCAACGAGCUGUCGCUGUCCGCCAACCGCCUGACCAGCCUGCCGCCAGACCUGGGGCGCUCCCGGGAGCUGCGGUUUGUGUUUGUGGACUACAACGUCGAGCUGAAGGGUCUCCCGUCCUACCUGUACAACAAAGUCAUCGGCUGCAAUGGGUGCGGUACCUCCGACGUGCUCCCUGAGGGGGUGGCCGUGCUGGGGGGCGCGGCCGGGCUGGGGGUCCCGCUGCCCCCAGAGGUCAAGCUGCUGGCCUGGGAGUCUGAGCGAGUGGCUCCCUUAGAGGAGCUGGCCAUGAGGAGCCUGCAUCGCACCCACCUCCACGACCCCCACGACCUGGUCCUGCCCAGGAGCCUUCAGGAGCGCUUGUUUUGUCCUCUGGGGCACUGCCCCCGCUGCAGUCAGCCCAUGUUCACCUCCGCCUACCCCAAAGCCUUCCCCCUGAGAGACACCACCCUGGGCGGGGUGCACCACAGAUCCGCGGUGAGCUUCGUUGCCUACUGCUGCUCCAGCCGCUGCCUGCAGAUGUUUGACCUCCAGGGAUGACCUCACCUUUGGCCCCGCCCCCUUGGUGUUGAUUUGCUCUGCUUUGCGCUGUGACUGGUGGCUGUCUGACCCCCGGCACAAGGAGGCCACAUUGAUUGACAGACCGCCGUGGCGAGGUAGGCGGGGCCCAUUGUGAAAUGGGUGUGGCCUUUGCGUGCCUUCAUCGUCCCCAUAAGCGCCGAUCGCCAGCGGGGCUGUGAAGGAAUGACAGAAUGACGCCCAACCAGUUUCCUCGUUGGACUUCAAAGUUGUGCGUUACCAAGGCAACCGGUGACAACGAUCAUUUCCAUGUCCCUGGAGGGGUUGAUAACAACCAGCCAAUCCAAAUUCCAGACCCCAAGACCCCCUGUCUAUUACUGUGCCCCACCAACAUUUUUGAUCACCAGCCGCCACUGUUAAUGCGUUGAAAAAACAUGAUUUUGUUCAUUGUGUGUCACGAAUGUAUUGACGUAUAGAGCCGACCGCACGACUGAGCGCCUCAAUAUAUUUUAUUUAAACACGGGGAAGUUUCAUAUUACUUUCUGUAAUAUAACAAGGGUUGCUUGUGCACGUUGUUAAUGUGCACAAUGUGUGUGUAUUUUUGUGCGUGUGAGCUGUGUUCACAUAAACCAGAAGGCAGCAUACAAUAUGUAACUUCAAGAUAAGUCAAUGUUUCCACGAACAACAAGUUAUCAGUGAACAUUGAGACAAAUUCAGCUUCUUCUCACUUCCGACGCACCCCAGACUCAACCUGGAUUUACCCCAGACUCACCCCAGACUCACCCCAGACUCAACCUAGAUUAACUCUAGACUCAUCCAAGACCAAACCUAGAUUAAAUCUAGACUCACCCCAGACUCAUCCCAGUUAUCUGAUAACUGACAUGCUGGAUGUUAUGCAGAACAUCUGGCCUACACUGGUUUUUGCUUUCAGGGACAUAAAAUGUUAUGUUAAAGUAGAAUCAGUUCAACCUCAAUCGGUUUAACCUGGUUUGUUGCAGUAGAAUCAGUUUGAACCUGGUUUGUUGCAGUAGAAUGAGUUUGACCUGGUUUGUUGCAGUAGAAUCAGUUUGAACCUGGUUUGUUGCAGUAGAAUCAGUUUAACCUGGUUUGUGGCAGUAGAAUCAGUUUAACCUGGUUUGUUGCAGUAUAAUCAGUUUAACCUGGUUUGUUGCAGUAGAAUCAGUUUAACCUGGUUUGUUGCAGUAGAAUCAGUUUGAACCUGGUUUGUUGCAGUAGAAUCAGUUUGAACCUGGUUUGUUGCAGUAGAAUCAGUUUGAACCUGGUUUGUUGCAGUAGAAUCAGUUUAACCUGGUUUGUUGCAGUAUAAUCAGUUUAACCUGGUUUGUUGCAGUAGAAUCAGUUUAACCUGGUUUGUUGCAGUAGAAUGAUUUUAACGUGUUUUUUUUGCAGUAGAAUCAGUUUAACGUGGUUGUUCGCUUGAAUCCUGAUUUCGGUCACCUGAGGACUCCACUGGUUCCUGUUCUCUGCUGAAACACUGACGGAAAUAAAGUGCGAGUGAGUUUGAGGUAUUUUGUUGUGAACAUCUAGACAAAACACACUGCCUGUUUUGAAUCGCGUUUGUAGUUGUACUGACAGCUCAAUGUCCCUCAUCUGUCAACACUCAGACAAAUAAACAGAUUGAUUGUGGUUGUUUCUGAGGUUUGAGGAAAUGCCUGUGUGACACGACACCAAAUGCAAAAUCAUUUAUAAAUUGUGGAUCCAGUCUGUGCAGCCAGACUAUUUUAAUAUUGUCAACAACUUGGGAGUCACAUUGCAAUUGGCAGAGCAUGACAGAAGAGGAAAACCACUUAAGUUCACUUCUGCGUUCCAGUGAGCCCUUGAGAAAAUCACCUACCACAUAUACAUUUUGGCACGGAAAGAAAUAAUGCCUGUCUGUCUGCCUGUCUGCUUGUACGUCUGUCUGUCUGCCUGUGUGGUGAUAGCGGUUAAAAAUAAAGAAUAGCUCGAGUUUAGUCAAAUGCGACCCAGCCUACCCAUCUGAAGCGUGUGUCAGGAUGUACUGUGUUACUGUAAUACUAAUAAGUAAUACUCUGAUACCGUGGUACUAUGUGAGUACUGUAGUACUCUACAAGUACUGUGGGCAGGGUGUCCGCGCAUCCUUAAAAAGAUUUAAAUUCAUGUUUCUAAAUUUAAGGCCUUGAUAAGUCUUCAAUUCGUUAGAAAUGUCAUAUGCUGGUCUUAAAUACUGUAACUCAAAGUCUUAAAUUUGUUGGGGGGCAGGACAAUUUUAUUUAUUUAUUUUUCUCGUGGGACUUUUCAGGAACAACACCGACACCAAAAGCAGAGGUUUUGUGGAUUUUAAAUACAGUGGUCAAGCACCAGUCUUACAACUCCAAUGAGGGGAUAGGAGAUCGCCUCCGUUUGAUGUUUCCUGACUCGCAAAUCGCGAGCAAAAUGCUUGGGUUAUAAUACAGCGGGAUCCCAACCACCAUCGCGUGUUUUAGGUCUUAUAUUUCAUUCAAGGUGGUAUUAAAAAGGUCUUAAAAAGUCUUAAACUUGACUUGCUGAAACCUGCAGAUACCCUGACUGUGGGACUAUAUCAGUUUGCCGGUACUUGGGGUCCAGUGGGGUUUUACAGUCUGUAAAACAGUUAUUCAGCAGAUAAGGCAACACAACCCACCCUAUCAGUGAGCAUAGCUGGAGCC